AUGACCGAAUCAUCCGAAGAAAUCGCCACGGGGGUCGAAUUCCUAGCCAAAACAGCUCACAUCAUCGAUAGCAUCAGAACAAACCUUCGACAUAAUCGACUUGACCGGAAAGAAUUUCAGAGACUACUCGGCUUAUAUUCGAAUCGUGCCGAGUCAGAUGGGAGAAUCAUGAAUGCCGCAAGACAAGAACCUCACUGCGCCAACCGUGGUCUAUUCCUCGCUUACAACCACAUGGAGUUGAUAUCUUGGUUAAAUCAAAAGAAUUACACCAUUCCCGCAACUUCGGUGAAGUGGUACAAUUGGAAGCAAUUUCGGGGGCAAAAUCGAAUCCCGCCAUUUUGGAGCUCGUCGGCGACCAUGGAGCUUCAAGCAUUGAUGUCGAACAUUGAGCGCACAGCUGCAUUGGUUUGUGCGGAUCUGAAGGCCCAUAAUGUAAGUCAGAUGAUUUGA